AUAAAAAUAAAAAUAUUUUAUCGUUCUUUAAAAUAUAAUAUUAGGAGUUCAUGAUUAUUUUAAUUAUUUUUUCUUUUUUCUUUUUGUUUGUUCAAGUGAAAUGAAUUCAUUCAAUUUAAACUGGCAAAUUCCCGAAUUAUGGGAAGUGAGAGAUGUUAUUAAUAAAGUGUAAAUAAAUGUGCAUUAAAAUUGUAUAAAAGGCUAAUCUUCAUGUAGUAAAAAUGUUGUGUUAAAUUAUACUGAAAUGGAAGCUAAAGUCCAUGAAGCAACCAAUAACGAAGCAUGGGGAGCAUCAAGUACUCUAAUGCAGGAAAUUGCUCAGGGCACUUUUAAUUUCCAAUAUUUUAAUGAAAUCAUGCCCACCAUAUAUCAGCGUUUUACUGAAAAAGAAGCCAAGCAAUGGAGACAAAUCUAUAAAUCCCUUGUUCUUUUAGAGUAUCUUAUCAAAAAUGGUUCGGAAAGAGUAGUUGAUGACGCAAGGUCACACAUAUCGAUGAUAAAGAUGAUGAAGAACUUUCAUUAUAUUGAUGAUAAAGGAAAAGAUCAGGGUAUUAAUGUACGUAAUCGUGCAAAGGAACUAGCUGAAUUAUUGGCCGAUGUUGACUUGAUUAAAGCAGAACGUAAAAAGGCAAAAAAGAAUCGUAACAAGUAUACUGGUGUAGGAUCUGAGGGUGGUAUGAUGUAUUCAGGUAGUAGUCGAUAUGAGGGAUUUGGUAGUGAUUAUGGUAGCAGCAAUAGUGCCGAUUUUUAUGAUGAAGAAAGGCCCAGCCGUUAUGACGAUGAAACUAGUAAUUCAUCUGAUUCUACAAGUAAACAGAAUCAAAAUAAGAGUAUUAAAAAAGAAGAAAUUAAGAAGCCAAAGACUGCUAAAGAAAUGAACCUAUUUGAUCUUGACGACAAGGUUACUGUUCAAAGUACCAAUAAAAAUGAUGAUGAUUGGGGAGACUUUACCAUUGGAAAUGAAGAUGAUGAUUUUGAUGAUUUUGUAAGUGCCACGCAAUCAAAUAAUGUACCUCCAAAGCCACCUCAUCAAACACCACAAAAAUCACAAGAUAUUUUUGAUCUUUUGGGUGAAGAGAAUACAUUUACAACACCAUCUGAUCCUAUAAGAAAAUCACAGGGACGUGAUUUAAUGUUAUCGCAAGCAUUUGAUACACUAACUGUAAGCAAAUCUACUGAACAACUAACUACUAAACAGCCCACUACUGUAAACCAAACUACUACGACUACCACAGCUAUUGCUUCUGACACUUCACCUAUAGGGGGAAUCUGGUCUCAAGCAUCCAAUUUGAUUAGUUUAGAUUCUUUGGGUACAAAGUCUACCACUACUAAAAAACCACAGGGCCCCUCAAUGAAUUCUUUGAAAAAUGCUAGUAUUAAUGCUGAAUGGAACAAUUGGGCUAAUAAUUCCAACAAUAAUUCAAGCAAUGGUCCGAUUCGACAACAACAACAACAGCAAAUCAAGAAGUCUUCUGCUUUUGAUGACUUGUUACUUUAAAAGUUUUUAUUUAUUAAACAUUUUUUAACUGUUUUUUUUCAUUCUAAUUUAA